GUGGAUGUGGUAAAACCAAAAUCGAUAUUCAAUGUGGACAGUCAGCCCCGAUAGCUUGUCACAAUAUUUGCUCAAAGCAACUAACAUGCAAAAAUCACUUGUGUGAAAAUGUAUGUCAUGAUGGUGAUUGUGAACCUUGUAAAUAUAACUGUUCUCAAGAAAUUAGGACAUUACAACCGUAUAACAUGAUCAAUGCACUAUUGGCACUCAUAAAUCAGCCUCGAACGACAGGAAACGAAAUGAGAAACGCCUUACCAAGUGACAUGAAUGAAGAAGAGUUAAGAAUGUUAGGCAUAGAUCCAGUAGAAAUUAUGAUUAAUAACAAUCAGAUUAAUGAUUAUGAAGAUUCGUAUGAAAUCGAUGAUUACCGUUACUCAAACGACGGUGAUGAUUAUAACUCAUUAGAGAGUUCAUGGGAAUAUAAUAAUUCCAACGACGACGAUUGGGAUGUGAACAAUGAAAGCGAUGAUGAUUUUUCUACUUCCCACCAAUCAGAUGAUAAUAUAAAUGUAGACGAUUCUGAAGAUCUAAACAGCACUGAUUCGCUGCAAGAAGAAGAUACUAGUACUAGUGCGGUUAGUGAUGAUGACUUGAGUGUCAAUAAUAGUGUUGUGAGUGGAACGCAAGAAAUGUUUGUUGCUACAUCUCUAGAAGAAACUGAUAGUGAUCCAAGCGAUAAUAUGGAUGACGAUGACGAAGAUGGUGAAUUAGAAGAUAGUGGUUUUAGGUACAGCCUCAAUGAUUCUUGCAGCUGUAGCCAUUGCAGUAGUAGUGACCAAGAAAAUGAUGUUUAUCGUUCAACAUCAGAGAGUAGUUAUAAUUGCUCCAGCCCUAACAGUCAAGAAAACACGGAUAGUGUGUUAGUGUGCAGUUAUGUUAGCAGUCAGAAUUCCGACAGUCCUCCAUUUUCGAGUGAUUCGGAACUUUAUCAGAUUGAAUAA